AUGGGCACAAACAAUAUCCAGGCUACGGAUAUCAAUUCUCAGAUAACCCAAGUGAUGCGUAAUCACCAUAGUGCUAGAAAUACGGGAAGUCCUUCAGCGCGCGCGAGUUCAAGGGUACCAGAAAAAGUAAUCGAUACUACCACACGCUUUUGUGCUCAGGAUUCUGGGGAGAACUCUCUACAGUGGCAGGUAAGGGAUCUAGCUCAGCCUCAAUCUCGAAAAGUCAACAAGAAGCUGGGACAUGGCGCUGCUUGGCCAAGUGAAGGGGAACUUGCAGGACAUCACGGAGUCCAGGAGAUUGAGCAAAAGACUUCCGGUAUUACUUUGGAGCAAGAUGCGGAUGUCCGAAUGUACGACGUAGAUCAAUCUCAACCAGCACGCUCUCCCCGCAACGGCCGUAAACGCACCGGAGACUCAUCUAUGGAGGCAAUUGGAUCGCCAGUGCAGCAAAUUCGUGAGAGCCAUGCAGUCCAAUCGCCCAAGCGAACACGCGCGCAAGCUCCGAAGCGGUUCGAAGUAGGUCGGGGAAUCGGAAGCCCAGUUUCCGGGCGUCCAAGAAAAAACCAACCCUUAGAUCCUGAGUUUGAUCGGUCUCGGUAUGAAUUUGACCAUCCUGGCGAAGAUGAAGGCGGUGGGCCCGUUAGGGCGAUGCAACAACGGCGCUUGUAUGACCCGCAAAGAGACCCGCCCAGCGCUUUCAGGGUCGAAGAGGAUUCUUCAAAACGGCUUGAAGAUCCCCCUCCUGCAAUCCGAUCGUCGCAAAAUCCUCGUCCUAAAAGAGAAAAAAAGAAAGACAACAAAUUGUUCAAUCCCAGAGCUCAGCCGCCAAGAAAUGUAAAUGCGCCUACUCAACAACAGCAGCAGCAGCAGCAGCCUGGGUUGCAAGGGAGUAGGGAAGGUGGUAAAAUCAUGAUCUUGAAUAACAUGCAAACUCAGACUCAACAACCUCAAUCAAGCCAUACAGAAGAGGAUGAUGACAUUCCACGGAUGGUUCCACAGCCUGAGACAAGGCCGAUCAGUCCCGAGCAGUUGGUAAUAGAAGUUAAAGGUAUAUAUGCUGGGCUUAUGAUGGUUGAAACAAAAUGCUCGGAGGUGGACAAAAAGCAAGCCGCAGCUGCCUUAGAACCGGAUAAACAUCCCAAGUUAAACAACGAGCAGUGGCAAGCACUUAUAGCACUGCACCGAACGCUCUUACACGAGCAUCACGAUUUCUUCCUUGCUUCGCAGCAUCCUAGUGCAAGCCCUUCUUUACGAAAAUUGGCCCUUCGCUAUGCGAUGCCCGCGCGCAUGUGGAAACAUGGGAUACAUAGCUUUCUGGAACUACUUCGCCACAGAUUACCGCACUCCCUGGAGCACAUGUUGACAUUUAUUUAUUUAGCGUAUAGCAUGAUGGCCCUUCUGUAUGAAACCGUGCCCGCUUUUGAGGACACCUGGAUCGAGUGUCUUGGCGAUCUUGGUCGUUAUCGUAUGGCUAUCGAAGACGACGAUAUACGUGACCGGGAUACAUGGGCGAACGUGGCGCGUUUCUGGUAUUCUAAAGCAGUUGAUAAGACCCCCUAUGUUGGGCGCCUUCAUCAUCACCUAGCUAUCUUGGCCAAACCUAAUAUUCUACAGCAGCUGUUUUACUACUGCAAGAGUCUAGGCGUGACCCACCCAUUCUCUUCGUCUAGGGAGAGCAUACUCACACUGUUCGAUCCAAUCUUUGCACCUGAUAGUAGGCCACAGAGAGCUCAGCCGGUGGAUACUGCUUUCAUUCAAUUACACGGAAUCAAUUUUACACACAUUGAUCUCGAGAAGUUUGAAGGUGCGCUUGACGAUUUCUUGGGCGUCCUGGACAAACACAUCAGCGAUCCCAAGUCGAAAUGGAAGGUUUCUGGUGCAUAUAUCGCUGUGUGCAAUAUCACGGGCUUAUUCCAAUAUGGCGCAAAAGACAGUCUUCUGCGUCAGGCCUGGCGACAAGGACGCAAAGCGGAGGAAACAGACGACACUUCCGCCUCAAACACCUCCGGAGAUGCCAGCACUGCCGAAUUUGACCUUCUUCCACCAAUCCCCAACGAGGCCAGCUCUGAGCAUGUUACUUCGCUUCUUCAACCCAUAUCUAAACUAGAGCGCGAGUAUCAAAAUAAAUCUGGGGAUGCCAUGCUCUCUUCAGGAGGCCUCACAGCCCAGGAGAUAUCUUUGAACUACUCCAAGCGUUUAGCAUACGAGAUAUUAACAAUUGCAUUAGAAAGAGGAGAAACAGACGUUCUGCCACAUAUCCAUAUCUGGCUCGUAUUCAUGUUGCACAUAAAAUCCUCCGAGCCGGCCAUCAGAUUGUUAGAGAAUGACUUCCCCUGGGAAGCGCUAGUCUCCCUACUCAAUUCUCUUAUCGGCGAAUUUGAGACCGACAAAUUUGAAUCUGAAAAUUUUCCAAUUCCGGAGCAGGGGAUUGGGCGCCCAUUGCCGGAGGAUUAUACACUACGUGGACUUGACUGGGCAAAAGCUUAUUUUCCAUACGGCUGGUUUGAGGAUGCCCAGGUUGAUGAUGAGGAGAGAUUGAUGGAAUUGCCAUCUAUGGAAAAUAUUAGAAUUGAAAGGAUUCUUUGGAUUGCCACGAGGAUUGCUGCUAGCGGUGAUCACUUGAUAUACAGCAAUGGGAUCUUUUCAGCUCACCCUUCGCUCUUAAAGAGAAUUGACGAGUCUAAAAAUUAUGCCAAACUCGCGCCGUCUACGCCCAACUAUCUGUCGUCAGAUGGUCUACCAGAACAAUCUGAGCACGAUUCUGACGUUGAUAUGACUGCUGUGGAUGAAGACAAUGAAUCUGAUGAUGAUGAUUAUGUUCUUGUGGGCCAAUCCGAAGAAUUUCGCCGCCUUAAAGAACAACAACGUCAGUUAAAAGCUCAGCUGAAGUCCAGCUGGACGCCUGAUGUGGCACCCGAAGUCAAACAUUCUCUCGUUAAGGGCCCAGAAGCGUUAAAGCCGCAAUAUACUAUACUUGUGGUAGACACCAAUCUUCUGUUGAGCCAUCCCGAGACCUUUAAAUUUAUAGUUUCCUCGGGUAAUUGGGCAAUUGUUAUCCCUAAUUGUGUGAUCACUGAGUUGGUUGGUCUAGCAAAGAAUUCCGGAACUGUACAGAAAGCAGCAUCUUCCGCAAUCAUACUCAUCAGCGAUUAUCUGAAUGAAAAGAAAGAUAUUAAGGUUAUCACAUCCAAGGGCAAUAACGUGACAUACACCGGAUUCUACAAGGAGCAACUCGGGGGCGCAGAGGAUAUCCGUAAUAUAGAUGAUAUCAUUAUUCAAACGACAAAGCAGCAGGGAGAUAUUCGGAGGCAGGCUCUUAAGGAGGCGGGAGACGCUGAACCAGCUGUGCUAAUCACUGAGGAUCGGAAUAUGCGAGUUAAGGCAAAUGCACGCGGUGUUACGGCAAUAGCUGCUUCAGCUCUUAUGCGCAUUUUGUCGCCUGAAUGGAGUAAAGAAAAGGAUGUUUCAUCCGCGAAACGCAAGUCAUUCGGUACGCCUGUGAAGCAAAGAUUUCCUGAUUGGCAAGAAGACGAAGUUUUGUUUGCACCUUCAGAGCCUAAAGGGGAGCCUGACAAUAACACAUCACAUAUCGAACCCAGUAUGAGUGGGAAUAAAAAGCGACAAUACAAGCGUGGAAAAAUGGGCAUGAUGGGUGGAUAG